AUGUACACAUCAAACUCAGAACGGGCAGCUCACGCCUCGCAGUCCUAUCACUGCCGUCACCGCACUAUCACGGUCGUCACCAUCCUUUCAUGGUUGUCUCUGAAAUUAACCAGGGCCAACCUAAAACGGCAACAGGGUGCAGCCGUAUCCUCUCUCACGGACUUCAGCCACCAGUUUCUCAUAACGAAGCAGCUUCCUUCAGGAGCCUCUUCAGUCCGUUCCUACCAUGCCACUGUCAGCUCGCUACCAAUUAACACUAAAUCUGGCCUCAGUCCAGACACAACAACCUCCACUGACAGUGUAGCAUCAAUCAACACUCUCCCCUUCCUUGAGGCCUCCGGCCUGGUCUUCUGCCUUGUGUCAGUCACACCUUGCUUCAUACCUCUUUGGAAGGCAAUCUUUCGCAUGUCCGUCGAGGGUAUACCAGCACUUCUCGAAGCUGCUGCCACAACCUCCAGAACCAAGUUAUGCCUAAAGGUGUACAAGCCGUUCUGUAGCGCCUUAGAACAAGAUGACAGUACGUGGCGCAGGUUUCCAUAUGCAAAACACAACCGGCAGGAGGUGAAAAUGCACAAUCAUCUCUUCAAAUUUGCCGGUGAUGCCGCCACAUCAAAUGCUGAACUGUAA